CGUCCUAGCGGGUCGCGUCACGGCGUCAGUCCGCGCGAAGCGGCGCGGUGGCUUAGAGCUCCGCAGUGUCCCAGCCGGCCGCCCUAAGACGCAGGCGCAGGCGGGGCGGGCGUACGGCGCGCGGAUGCAUGGCGCUGCUGUACCGCGCGACGCGGCUCAAGGACCGCGCGGACACGCACGUGUUCACCUUCGUGGUCACCCGCUCCGCCACCCGCGAGCCCGACCGCGACGUCACCUCCAAGGACUUCUGCUGCGCGCACCAGCGAUGGGCCGUCGCCUUCAGCCGCACCGAGGCCUCGCUGGGCGUAUACCUGGUGUGGCGCGGCGUGUGCGAAGGCAUGCGCGUGUACGUCGACUUCACAUUCACGCUGCUCAGUCGCGACCACUUCACCGCUAACGAGGGCUUCUCCGGCAAACAAGUCCGCUUCUACGCGGGCUGCGCGGCGCAGGGCCGCGGCCGCUGCGUGUCACUCAGCGAACUCAACGCCAAGUUCGCGGACGCGCGCGGCGAGUUCCAGCUGGAACUGAGCAUGUCACGUGUGCGAACCUUGUACUCUUGUGAAUUGCGAGCUCCCCGAUUGGAUACGCCUCCGAUAGCAUUCGCCGGAUUCGACUGGUCGGUGUCAGCGUCGGGUGGAGUCGGCAAGGAGCCUUUGACCCUGCGACUGCAGCGGUUGUCCGGGGAAGGUCAACGUUGUCGCGUUCGAUAUGCCCUCGCUUUGGGAGAAGGCGACCGUCGAGUACACUCCGGUCCCCUUGAAUGUUUAUGCGAUGCUGAAGGGGGUACCCCACCAUGGACGCCGCGGCCGCCGACCCGUUUGAUUCAUAAAGGAGUUCGACUAACCGUGGAGCUGGUGUGGGCGAGAGCAUUGGCAGAGUUGGCGGUGCCGGUGGCCGGACGCGCGGCGACUUGCUACGAUCGAGACAAGCAGGCGUGGGGGUUGCGCUGCGACACGCACUCGGAGACCGUGCGCCUGCAUAUGCUCUACCGGGACGUUCACCAUGUGCCGCGCAACCACCUGCGCUAUGUCAGCUGGUCGGCUUGGCUGGUGCGAGUGGCGCCCGCGGCCGGCGAGUCAGAAGCCGAAGAGCUACCCGGGGCACCCUUCGAGAACUACUACGCUCAAGAAAGCGCCGACGAGGGGCUAAUGAUGGAGACAGCGUUGAGGGUAGAGGACGUGUCUCGCGCGGGCAGCCCGUUUCUGCAUCCGGGCGGGGAACUUCGUGUGCGGCUCGAGUGGACCGACACAUAUCUCUUAUUUCAAGCGACCUAUCAUGUCUACGACGAUCUUUGUCGAUUACACGCUCACCAAAUGAGGCGUGAGAUCGCAGCGCUGCAGGCGGAGAACUACUCGCUGGAGCGGCAGCUGUUCAGCUACCAGAAGACGCUGGCGUUCGCGCAGGCGCAGGCGGGCGGCGAGGCGGCCGAGGGCGGGCGGCGCUCGCCGGCCGAGCGCUCGCUGUCAACGGACACGGAGUACGCGUGAGACGGGCGCCGGCAGCGCGCCCUGAGCCCGCUGGCCGCCUUCUACAAGCCCGCACUCAACCCUUCUAUCCUUUCGACUGAUUCUAACGUUUUUGAGCGAUUUAUCUAUUUUUCUAAACGUUUUAUGGCGAGCUGCGCCCUCGUCCGCACCGCUUCCCGCCGGUCGCCUGCACUCUCGCCGCUCGGAUCUAUCGAUAGCUGAUUAUUGUAUUCGACUACUUUUUCUAUUUAUCUGUACAUAAAAUAUAUUUAGAUAUAAUAUAUUAUGUAUAUUUCUUAACUUGAAACUCGAAUUCAUAUACUACGACAGUCGAUUUAUGAAUAAAAUAAUUAAAA